CACGACAAUUUUUUUUUUCAAAAUGGAGACUUACAAAUUUGAAAUUUUAUGUCCGGUGAUAGUUGGUUUAAUUGGAUAUACAUUUGGUGAAAUGUGUGGCCCUUUGUCCGAGAUAUCUAUUCAAUAUAUUGGCAUGCGGAUGAAGAAUAACGCGAGGUUAUCGAUAAACAUCACUACAAAUUCGGAAUGCGCGAGACAAUGUAAACUGUUCGGGUUCUGUAAGUCGAUUAACUAUGGUACUGUAUCGCAACUAUGUGAACUAAACGAAAAAGACAGCGCGGACAGUCCCGGUGACAUUGAGGUGAACAAAGAGUUCGAUUAUUACGACAUAAAUGACUGGCCUGAGGAAAUAGCAGAAGGCUGUGCCGGCCACUCUUGUCUAACAGACGAACUAUGUAUCCCUGGACCGAACAAAUCUGCACUGUGUCUACCUUCGGCCGAGUUUAUUGAUCAAAAGGAGAACGAGUGCGCAGACAAUCCGUGCAAAAAUGGUGGCACAUGCAACGACUACGUGAACAGAUACACGUGUGAUUGUGCGUCCGGAUGGCGUGGUAUGAACUGCGACAUUGAUGUGAACGAGUGCAGAAGUCGUCCGUGCCAAAACGGAGGCACGUGUAUCAACGAAGAAAACGACUUCUUGUGCGUCUGCCCAGCACCACAUACAGGGAAACAAUGUGAAGGCACGAUGUGACACUAUGAUAGAGAUCUCGUUUUUUGCAAAGCUUAUUCUUGCUACUGAAAUAUGUAUAGUUGUUUAUCGUCGAAUAUUAUAAAAAUAUUCGGUUUAUUCUUCAUAGAUUAGACAAAAAUCAAAUGAAUUCUAUACUAGUUGUUGUUAAAAUAUAAAUA